CACAUACACUCUUACACACAAACACACCCACUCAGCCCUGCUGGGGAAUUCAUGGCCUCAGGCUAACAAACACAGUCGAAAAGCAGCAGAAAGCCCUGAAAGAAUUAACGCUGCUCGGCUCCCUCACGGACUAACAGCGUGGAGUUUCAUUUGUACGGAAACACCUCAUGACAGACAGAAGACACUUUUCCGAUCGACAGUAUUGUGAGGAUGAUUUUGAUGUGAUGAUGCCAACCCAGCUUUGACAAUGUAUGAGGUGAUGUCCGGUGACACCCUGUCCUGGAAGGUGCCCAGUCCACGACAAAAUGAAACAGAGGCUGGCCCUGAAGAACAAUUCUCUGGGGAUGGUGGACCUGUCAAAAUCCUUAAAGUGUGCUUCAGCACCAACAACAACCUGGGCAAGAAUUUCAAGCUGGUGAAAUGUGACAACUCCUGGCAAAUUAGGGCUAUCAUUCGUUCAAUUCUGGUCAGCGGGCGUUUAGGGCCAAACGUUCAACACGCAGGAUGCUAUGGCCUCAUGCUAAAGCACCUGAAGUCAGAAGAACUUCACUGGCUCCAUCCAGACCUGACUGUCGGAGAGGUGGAGAAGCGCUAUGAGAGCAAUCAUCUGGAAGCCGAGUGGAGAUAUGACCUUCGUAUCAGAUACAUUCCUGUGAAUUUUGUGGAAAAAUUCAAAGAUGACAGAUCGACCUUUGUGUAUUUUUACCAACAGGUGCGUAGUGAUUACAUGCAGUAUCAUGCCAGUAAAGUCAGUGACGGGAUGGCAUUGCAGCUUGGUUGUUUGGAGAUCAGGCGGUUCUACAAAGACAUGAAUGCAAAAGGUCUUGAAAAGAAAUCUAACUUUGAGCUGCUAGAAAAAGAAGUUGGCCUGGACCUUUUCUUUCCACAGCAACUGAUUAACAGCAUGAAGCCUAGGCCCCUGCGGAAGAUGAUUCAGCAAACAUUUCAGCAAUUUGCAACACUCAAGGAGGAUGACUGCAUGAUCAAGUUUUUUGAGACGCUUAAAGAUUUCGUCAGCUACGAUGAAGAGGCCUUCCCUUGUGAACUAGUGCAAGGCUGGAGUCUGUCUGUGGAGCUGGUCGUCGGUGGGAGAGGAAUUCGCCAACGCACACAGAAGGAUUCAGCUGCUGUGUUUUUAGCUGACUUCAAACAAAUUAAGAAAGUACAAUGCAUAUCGCAGAACGAUGGCAAGGCUCUCCUAAAUCUUGACAUAGAGGGCGCGAAGCAACGUCUGACCAUCAAUGUGGCCACGGUCGCUACGGCUGAGAACAUGAUUGAUCUUAUUGACGGGUACUGCCGCUUGGAAAACAACACAGAUGAAAGUGUUAUCCACCGACCAAAUAGAGAUGCCAAUGCAAGAACCUCCCUACCUGAAAUUCCUACUGGCAGAGAGACGAGCUCGCUCAGACACAGUAUGGGUUCAGAUAUCUACUGUGAGAUUGAUGAAAGGCCAAAAUCAGUUGUGAAAUACGGCAUCGACCGAAAUGACAUUGUUCUCGGCCGAAUCCUCGGCGAGGGUUUUUUUGGGGAAGUCUACGACGGAGUAUACAAAAAAGCUAAUGGUGAAAGAGUUAAUGUGGCAGUGAAAACCUGCAAAGACUGUUCACCUGACGUGAUGGAAAAAUUCAUGAGUGAAGCAGUAAUCAUGAAGAACCUCGACCAUCCCCACAUCGUCAGACUGAUUGGAAUCAUAGAGGAGAAUCCCGUGUGGAUUGUCAUGGAGCUUUAUCAGUAUGGGGAGCUGGGACACUACCUGGUUCAAAACAAAGAAAAGCUGACAAAUACAACCUUAGUGCUGUUCAGCCUGCAGAUCUGCAAAGCUCUCGUCUACCUCGGAGGGGUUAACAUGGUACACAGAGACAUAGCAGUUCGGAAUAUAUUAGUCGCCAGUCCGGACUGUGUGAAGCUUGGAGACUUUGGUCUAUCGAGGUACAUAGAGGAUGAAGAAUACUACAAAGCAUCUGUGACCCGAUUACCAAUCAAGUGGAUGGCCCCAGAAUCCAUUAAUUUCAGGCGUUUUACCUCAGCUAGUGAUGUGUGGAUGUUUGCUGUGUGUAUGUGGGAGAUAAUGAGUGGUGGACAGCAGCCGUUUUUCUGGCUUGAGAACAGAGCUGUGAUCAACCAGCUGGAGCAAGGCAUCAGACUGCCCAAACCAGAUAACUGCCCUCCUGCCCUCUACUCACUCAUGACCCGCUGCUGGUCCUACGACCCCAGUGAAAGACCCAGUUUCACUGAGUUGGUUAUGAAGAUCAGUGAUGUCCACAAGAUGGAGAAGGAGCAGGAAGCGGAGAGAGAGAGAGACAGAGUGCGUUCCAUCAAAUUUUUCGAGUCCAAGUUCAACAUUGACCCCCCGCCUAAGCCUUCAAGAAUGAAACCAGCCCGGUUUGGGAACACACUCAGUAUUGGUCUGCACAUUCAGCUCAAUGAGGCUCUGUGUGCCAGCUCACCUGACCUAGCCAGCCCAUGUGACUAUCAGUCUCCUGUCGACUCCAGCAACACUCUCGCACUACCUGCCAAGUCGCCCCGGCGCCGCAGCAUGGGGGAGAACGAGUUUUUCAGAGUGGAACGCAACACCGAGGAAGACGCCCAGCUCCUGUGGCAGAGGGAGAAACACCAGAUACAUGAAACGCUCCGCAAGCAGAAAGAGCAGAUGAUGGAGGAUAAAAAGUGGCUGAAAAAGGAGGAGAGACUGCUGGACCCCAUGGGACUAGAAGAUACUGCCAAUCCAGAGCCGGCUAACAUCGAGAUUGCAGUGCCUGAGAAGCCGCCACGACUCACAGCAAAGCCUGCGCCCACAGCUGAGCUUGACCGCACAGAUGACAAAGUAUAUCACUGCGUAAUGGACUUGGUCAAAGUAGUCGUCCAGCUCAAGAAUGACAUCACUGGGCUGCAGCCAGAGCAAUGCAUUACCCAUAUCAAGUCUGUUGGGAUGGCAUUAAGAGAUUUAAUUAGCAGUGUGGAUGAGAUACUGCCCACGUUACACGGGUCUGUGAGGACUGAGAUCGAAGGCACCCAGAAGCUGCUGAACCAUGACAUGGGGGAGCUGAUCAGCAAAAUGCGGUUGGCUCAGCAGAAUGCCAUAACCUCUCUAAAGGAGGAGUGUAAGAAACAGAUGCUGGCUGCCGCACACACUCUGGCUAUGGACAGCAAGAACAUGUUGGAUGCUGUGGAUCAAGCAAGAGUCAGGGCCAAUUUAGCAAAGCCGGCUCCCCCCUAAAAGACAUUAGAUUUUUUUUUUUCAGUUUCACAUCAAACUAAAUAGGGACUUCUUUUUUUUUUCUUAAUAUGUGAAAGUCAAAAAUAACAUUUGUGCAUUGUAAAGCAUGCAUUUUUAGUUGGAUCACAUCGAUCAAUCAGUGAAAUGAAUCCUGCAGCAUCACCGGUACUUUGGAUAGCCACUGUCACGUUAAUGAGAGUUUAGUUUAAAUGUGAUGCUACAUAUGUAUGGAACGCCAGGACUGCCAUAAUGAAUUAAUUAAAUACAC